AUGAGCUCCAUGAAAGAGCAGAUCGCGGCCCGACGUGCCGCAGCGAAGGCUACCACCUCGGCCUCCCGCACAACCGCAGCGCAGGCGAGCGCCAAUGCCGCCGCGUCAAGGGGGUACGGGCAGUCCGCUCCAUCUGCCCCGGACACGCUGGAAGAUCGGACAGCUAUCGGCCAGAUCAAGCGAGCUGCCAAGUCAGGCAAGCUGGACCUCUCCUCACUCAACCUCCCCCGUAUACCCGCCGAGACAUACACCCUCUUGCUCGGUAUACCGACCAAGGAGCUGUCCAAUCCUCCUGACGCGGAGGCUGCCGGACCGUCCGGCGUUCAGGGUAUGACAGCGACGUUCUCGGCUCAGCUGGCGCUCGCGGAGAAGGCGGAGCGGGACGCGGUGUUCAAUAAAGCCAAGAAGGAGGAGGCGUGGGUUGAACCAGAGGCGGAAUUGGUGCAGUUCAGUGUGGAGGGUAAUUCGGUUGAGGUUGUGGAGAGGGAGAUUGGCGCGUUCGGAGGCUUGAAGAGCGUUAAUCUAUCGUCAAACAGAAUAUCCUCCCUCCCAGACUCAUUCGCCGAUCUACUCCGCCUAACCACUCUCAACCUCUCCCAUAAUGCCCUCGCCGCUGUCCCUCCCGCUAUCCUCCUCCUCCCCAAACUCGAGGUCCUCGACCUAUCGCACAAUGCCCUGCUCUCGCUUGAUCUCUCCUCGCCCCUCGAGCCGACAGACGAAGGACUCAGCUAUGGAGCAGGCUUCCUAUCCACCUCAUUCUCUCGUCAGACCAAGGCGUCAAAGGUUGUUUGGCCCAUGCUCCGGUCGCUCAACCUGGGACAUAAUCGACUCUCAGCGGAGGGUCUGCGGGGCUUGAGGAUACCGGGCGGUUUCAAGAGUUUGCGCCUCGUCAACCUCGAGUCGAACGCUCUGGAGGGAGAGCUAGAUGUGGAGGCGGCAGGAUUGGGGAGGGAGGCGAUGCCGGGCCUGACGUCACUCGUAUUGAGUGGGAACGGGUACCUUCGGGCGGUGAAGGGCGAGCUCGCCGAGGGGUGCAAGGUGGACAAGGAGGGUACGGGGACUUUCACUGGGUCCAGACCAGCUGCACCCGCCUCGAGCUCUGCGGACACCAGUACGACCAGAGACACGCCUUCCGGUCCCGCGCCUGACGUACCCCAACCAGAUCUACGGCUCGUCUACCGUACGCUCCCCGCUGCGACGUUCGACUCGCUCCCCCUCGAGGUCGACCUGGACCUAUACCUCCCCCCUACACCCUCCAGCUCCGGUAAAGGCCACCCCGUCGUCGUCUGGUUCCACGGCGGCGGACUUCUGCAAGGAAACAAAGAGAACCUUCCACCUCACUUCCGGCGCCUCCCUCAGACCCCUUACGACAAUGGCGAAAGCGUCGCUGUCAUCUCACCCAAUUACCGCCUGGCGCCACAAGUACCCAUCAUUGAUAUCCUGUCGGACGUGACUGCGCUUGUCACCUUCAUUCAGACCAAGUUGAAUGAGCGGAUCGCCAAGGCGGGUAAAGGCGAGAAGCGGAUCGAUGCAGAGCGGAUAUGUCUGAGUGGGGGUUCAGCGGGCGGAUAUCUGGCGAUGAUUGGGGGUAUGGAGAUGCCGCUGGGGCUGAGCGAUGAGGAUGUAGGCGGGUACAGAGGCGAGAAGGGGGUAAAAUGCGUGGCGCCGUUUUAUCCCAUAACGGAUUUGACGGAUAAAUUCUGGGCGACCGAGACGAAUCCUGUUCCAUGGAUGGACCGCAGCAUCUCGCAAGCGGAAGCCAAGCCCCAUCUGGACCUCCGCGCCCCUCCGAUCUGUACCGCCAUCUCCGGCGGCCCUCGCUCCAUCCUCUACCCCUACAUGCUCCAACACGCCCUCUUCCCUUCUUUACUGUUCAUGAACCAGCGCUCCAUCGGUUCUGGACUAGACGGAUUCCGACCCUCCCCCGCCGCAUUGAGCAUGACGACCCGCCUAGACCUGCUCGCCAAGGGGGUAAGCAGGAGAAGAGGCGAGAAGGAGAUCCUGCCCAUCCCGGUCUACUUUGCGUAUGGCGGGAAGGACGAUAAAGUGCAGCCGAUGGAGAAGACGGUGGCGGCGUUGAAGGAGUAUAAGGGUCAGGUGACGUAUGAGUAUAGGCCAGAGGGGGAUCAUCAGUUUGAUGAGGAUCCGAGGGAGACUUGUGAGGCGUUCAGAAAAUGGUUAGGGGAGACGCUGCUGUGA